AUGACAGCCUUCAGAAGAUGUGCAGCUGACCAAGGCCAGACCUGUGAAGCAACCCAGAACCUACAGGUUGCAGCAGCCUCCAUCGAUGUUGAGGAGCCAUGUUCCUCAUCUCAUCUUAAGGCUAGUAGUCUGAAGGGCCAGACCAGUGAGGAGACCCAGGUCUCCAAGGAUGUAGAGGAACCAUGUUCCUCCUCUCAACUUCUUAUGGCUAGCAGCCAGGAUGAUCCUGCAGAUGAGACACCCAAUACUUCUGGGGGUCUUCAGCAUCCCUCUGCCUCUUCAAGGGAGUCUGCUGAGGAUCUUGGUAACCAAGAAGUGCAGGAUAACCCAGUCAUUCCACCAGAUCCCAGCACAAAUUUACCUGUGAUGACUACAGAUGGGAAAGUUGAUUUCUUGGUGAAUUACAUGCUGUACAAGUAUUAUGUGAAAGAGAUGAUGAGUAUGGAUGAUAUAAUGGGACACAUUAUCAGAGAAGAUGUGGAUCACUAUCAUGAAAUCCUCACGAGAGCUGCUGAGUGCAUGGAAAUGGUCUUUGGGCUGGAUGUGAGGGAGAUAGAACCUAUCAACUAUUGCUAUGCUCUUUUUAUCAAAUUAGGUCUCACCUAUGAUGGAAUGCACAAUGAUGAGUACAGCUUUCCUAAGAGUGGUCUCCUGAUACUCAUCCUGAGCAUAGUCUUCAUGAAGGGCAACCGUGCCACUGAAGAGAUUUGGGAAGUACUGAAUCCACUGGGAAUCUAUGCUGGGAUGAAUCAUUUCAUCUUUGGUGACCCUAGAGAACUGAUAACUGAUAAGUUUGUGAGGGAGCAAUACCUGGAAUACCAGCCAGUAGCCAACAGUGAUCCCAUGCAGUAUGAGUAUGUGUGGGGGCUAUAGGCUAAAGCUGAAACUAGUAAGAUGAAAGUAUUAGAGUUUGUGGCCAAGGUUCAUGGGUCAAACCCUAUUGCAUUCCCUUCUCAGUAUGAAGAAACACUGAUAGAAGAAGAAGAAGGAACCCUUGCCAUGAUAUUAGAGCAUGCUGGCCCAAGUUCUGCUUCUGGUGAAAGUUCUAGUGACACAAGCAGCAACUUCUCUUACGUCUAG